CACACACACACACACACACACACCUUGUAUUAUUUAUUAAUUCCCAAGGAAGGAUUGAGCCAGGAUCAAGAGGCUUUGAUGAAGUGUGACAGCCCGAGGGAGUGAGAGCCAGCGACAGAGCUGAGACAGACCUGUGACAAAGUCAUUCUGAAAACCUUCAAACACAAGCCCCUCUAGAAUUUCAGGCUUCCAGAGCCUCUCAGGGGCAACUGUCCUGUAGCUUAUCCAUGUCACCUCUUUCCCUCCCUUUCUGUUCCUCAUGGAUCCUUUUCAGGGAAACCAGAAAAACCCACGAUUUCCAACACAGUGACUGAGAAAGAGCAGCAGGAGAUCAAACUGUCCCAUAGAGAAAAGCCCAGGGAGUAAUGAUGUUCCCUCUCAUUCCUGACUUUAGUUGUCCUGACGUGGAUGGCAAUUCCUACACCUGCCGAGUUGUUGAGCUCUGUAAAGUCUUUCUGAUUGUUCUCUGCAACACUUUGACGCUGUCCCGGAAACCAGCACUUUGCUAUUGAUUGGGCAUCAAUGGGCGCUGAGCAAUAGAGCAGAAAAGGUUAAAUGAAGAGGACAGACUGCAGACAUUACAAUACUGUCUACACUUCCACUGACUGCAAAGAGCUUUGGAAUGUCCUGAGGUGGUGGCAGGCGCUAGAGCAAUGAUUCCGAUGCUGGGGUAAGAGCUGAUUCAUGGAAACCAACUCUGGUCAGGAUAGAGUCAUCCCAUUGGCUCCCAGUGCCAAGUGAUCAGCCAACCACAACAUCCAUCUGAUGUAUCAAUCAGCUGGAAGAAAUCUCUGGAAUUCCUGAGCCCCUGAGGGUGUGCUCACACUGAGGGCUCCAUCUCGCAUCACGGUCUAGUCAGAACGAUGCCCCUGUUCAGUCUGUUGACACUCCAGGCCCUGUCGCUGAGCCUGGGUCUCGCUGGCCAACACUUCCCAUCCUGGGGUCACUAUGAUCUGUGUAAAACCCAGGUUCACAGGGAUCAGGGACUGAGCUGGGAUUACAUGGCAUGUCAGCCUGAAGCUGCCCAACUCACCAGGUUUCUGAAGAUCAGCUUGGACCCCCCCAACAGUACAUGUGGGGAGAGCCCCGAGAUGUACUGCACACUGGAGAACCCGUACAUGUGCAACAAUGAGUGUGACGCUCGCACGCCUGAGCUCGCACACCCCCCCGAGCUAAUGGUGGAUGAUGAGGGCCGGGUCCCAAACACCUUUUGGCAAAGUGUCUCAUGGAGGCAGUUCCCGGAGCCUCUGGUGGUCAAUCUGACCCUGUCCUGGGGUAAGAGCGUCGAGCUGACCGAGGAUAUUAUCAUCACCUUUGAGUCAGGCCGGCCAGAGCAGAUGGUGCUGGAGAAAUCGCUCGAUCAUGGACGAACGUGGCAGCCAUACCAGUUCUACGCAGCCGACUGCCUCAGUUCCUUUGGCAUGGAAUCUCGGAGAGCGCGGGAUCUGAGUGUCACUUCCGUCCUGGACAUUAUCUGCACCGAGGAGUAUUCUCGGGGCUAUGUGUGGAAGCUGGAGAAGACGGUGCGAUUUGAGAUCCAGGCGCGGUUUGCCCUGUUUGGGGGACCCUGGCUCCGUGAUAUGGCCUCCCUGUACAGCCACUUGGACACUACCAAGGAGCUGAGGGACUUCUUCACUGUGACUGACCUGAGGCUGCGGCUCCUCCGGCCUGCUACAGGCCCCACCAGUGUCGACCCUCACAACCUCUCCAGGUACUUCUAUGCCAUCUCCAACCUGGACAUCAGGGGCAGGUGUAAGUGCCAUCUUCAUGCCAACAACUGCAUCCUGGAGAGCGGGAGGCUGAGCUGUCAAUGUGAGCACAACACAACAGGCCAGGAUUGUGAAAGCUGCAGGAAUGGUUUCCAAGGGCGGCCGUGGAGAGCAGGCUCCUACCUCCCUAUCCCCAAAGGAACGGCCAAUGUCUGCCUCCCGGACAAAACCCCCAGUGACCACUGUCAAUGUUUCGGACACUCGACCCGGUGCAGUUUCCUCCAGCUGUUCCAUGCUGCUGUUUGUGUGAACUGUAGACACCACACCAGGGGCCGACGCUGCCACUUGUGUCGUUUGGGCUACCAUCGAAACCCUACAGCUCAGCUCCACCAUCACAACGUCUGCUUAGACUGUCAGUGUAACCCUGACGGCGCUCUGCACCGACGCUGUAAUGACACGGGGUAUUGUGUCUGCAAGUCUGGAGCAACAGGGCCCAAGUGUGACAAGUGUCUGCCUGGAUAUUACUGGCACAGGGGCUGUCGAGCCAGUGUUUGUGAUAACGUGCUGAGCCGGUGUGAGAAUGGGGGAGUGUGUGAGGACAAUGGCCGGUGCUUGUGCCAGCCUCCAUACACGGGAUUGCUGUGUGAGAAACACCAGUGCAGGAAGGGCACAGGAGCCUGUGUCUCACACUCACCCCAAGAACCAAGCUUCCACAGCCUGCUGCUCUCCCUCACUGCCCUGCUCAUCACUGCUAACGACCAUGGGCCCCUCUGAGCAGCUGCCAGCCCCCAGAGCCUCACGGGAUGGUGCAGAAAAUACAGCAGAAUCCAGACUUCCCUCCCUCAGCCAGACUAUCCCAGGGAAAAGCUAACUGGAACUAAUGCCAAAUACAUCCCAGAUCCUGGACACAGCCAGGAGUCACCAGGAUGUGGAGUGAGAGAAUUUCCCAGGGGAACUGAGACAGCAGCUCAUCUCCAUUCUCCAAUCACAACAACCCUGGGGCCGACUCCGAGGCAACCAAACAGAGAAGCUGCAUUUAAAUAGCACCUUUCACCAGCUCAGGAUGUGCCACAGCAUUUUCCAGCCAAUCAAGGACUUUUCAGCAAAUAACAAGCUGUCGAUGAUGUGAUAAUCUGUUUGUGAAGUUGUUUAAGGGAUAAGUCUCAGCAAAGACUCUCUGGGAUAUCACCUCCUGCUGUUCUUUAAACUAGGAUACAAUUCCUCAUAUCAACCUGAUAAAACCUGUGAAUUUACAAUACUCCGUCAGUAUUGAACAUCCAGCACUGCGGCACUCCCUCAAUACUGACCCUCUGACAGUGCGGUACUCCCUCAGUACUGACCCUCUGACAGUGCAGCACUCCCUCAGUACUGACCCUCUGACAGUGUGGCACUCCCUCAGUACUGACCGUCUGACAGUGUGGCACUCCCUCAGUACUGACCGUCUGACAGUGUGGCACUCCCUCAGUACUGACCCUUCGACAGUGUGGCACUCCCUCAGUACUGACCCUCUGACAGUGCAGCACUCCCUCAGUACUGACCCUCAGUACUGACCCUCUGACAGUGCGGCACUCCCUCAGUCCUGACCCUUCGACAGUGCGGCACUCCCUCAGUACUGACCCUCUGACAGUGCAACACUCCCUCAGUACUGACCCUCUGACAGUGUGGCACUCCCUCAGUACUGACCCUCUGACAGUGCGGCACUCCCUCAGUACUGACCCUCUGACAGUGCAACACUCCCUCAGUACUGACCCUCUGACAGUGUGGCACUCCCUCAGUACUGA